ACCCAUAAUCACUGAAGCAUCAUGGAUACGUUCAGCGGUGUCACUUCAAGCCAUGUCUUCCCCAGAUUAUUUACCUUCCCUACAGUCGUAAUAUUCCCUCCUCUAGUCCUCUCACUAAUAUAUCGCUUUGCGCUCUGGGCCUUGACCCCACGUGCUUUACCUGGCAUCCCCCAUUACCCAGUGCGCCCCUUCGGUGAUAUAGGGCGUAUCAUCAAACACGUCAAAGAAACCGGUUUCCGCACAACUUGGUUUAAUGUAGUAUCCAAGGAACUCGGACCCAUUGCACAAGUCAUGCUUGGACCAUGGAACAAGUCAAUCGUGUUGAGCGACAUCCAGGAGAUUGAGGACAUCCUCUUGAGGAGAGCAAAGGAGUUUGAUAGGUCCGACGAUAUGGUGAACCGCUUCCAUGGCUUCCUUCCGCACGGUCAGAUUGCUCUCAAAACUGAUGCUGAAUUCAAAGUCCAUCGACGAUUCUUGACUCCUGCCAUGACCCAGAAGUAUCUCUCUGCUAUGACUCCCGGCAUGUCGUGGAACGCACGUGAGCUGUACCGGUUCUGGGAUAGUAAGCGUGGGUACCUCAACAAUGAAGCGUUUGACCCAACCAAUGAUUUCGAAUUGUCAAUUACGGAUACGCUCAGCGAACUCACCUUCGGCCAGUCGUUUGGACUGAUCGCAGAACAGAGAACGUACGCAGGAGAAAAGGCAGCUGAAUUGAAAGCCAAAGGAGUAAAAAUCGCACCUGCUGAUAUCGUUGGACCAUCGAGUGAAUUGCACGAAUCAAACAAUAUGCUACUCAAAUAUGCAGGACUUACUAUCAACUCAUUAACGCCACGCUUGACCCAUUUCUUGCAUUCAAUCCGCCCAUCCUACCGUCACGCCAAAUCAUAUGUAUGGAAAUUCCUUGAAAGCAAGAUUACUGAGGCUCGGGUUAAGGCUCAGACCGCAAGCGUCGAGGAUGCCAACUGUGUCGUGGAUUUGAUUGCAGGGUUGGAGAAACAAGACGGGUUGAAGGACGUUAAGAUGCCAAUGGAGGAGUUUACUGAUGAACUUUUCACAUACAUGAUUGGGGGCACUGAAACCACAGCUGUCGCACUUCGUUGGGUAGUGAAGCUCCUUGCGGCGCACCCUGAUGUUCAGCGAAGACUGCAUGAUGAGCUUAUUUCUGCAGGGAUACCCUCCGCUCUCGACGAAGACGCACCACUGACAACGUUCGCCGAUGUCAGUUCUGAUAAAACUCCAUAUCUCGAAGCGAUUGCAAACGAGGUCUUGAGAUUCUGCAAACUUGCGAAUAUCACAACGAGGGAGGCGCUCUGUGAUACUGUCAUUCUGGGACAUCCUAUUCCUAAAGGCACGACCGUCUUCUUUACCAUUACUGGAACGUCCUUCUCCGAAACACACCGGGCGAAAGAGAUUCAUGCCAGCCUUGAUCCCGUGCGUUCGAAAACAUCCAUUCGCCGAUUCCGAUACUGGGGAGAUGAUGCAGAGAAGUUCGUACCUGAAAGAUGGAUCGAUGCGGAAGGCAAAUUCGACGGACGAGCUGGCCCAAAUCUGGCUUUCAGUACUGGACCGAGAGGGUGCUAUGGACAGAAACUAGCGAUGCUGGAUCUGAAAUUGUACCUCGCCAUCCUUGGAGCUACGUUCUUCCUAGAUAAAAUCCCAAAGUCUCUGGAUGGGUGGGACAUCAACGAAGGUUUGACGUUAUCGCCUAAGCAAAGUUAUGUAGUUUUAAAGCGUUGGAGCGAAGUGGCGUGAACGAAUUUUAGUACAGACAUACAGACAUGGAAGAUUCACUAGUAUUUAUAAAAUCACGAUUUUGACAUCAUAAAACUUAGAAA